UCACACAAUAAAGUGAACCAAAACUCAAAAGAAUCUUCACUCUCUCUCCUCCCUCUCUCUCUCUCUCUCUCUUGAUCGCUCGCUGAAACGCCACCUCGAAUUAUACUUCGGGAUUGGAUUACGGGAGUUCCUUGCGUGGUCAAAUACGAAUUCGUUCCGAAUUCAGUUCGAUUUCGACUUCUUUUUUGCUUCCGCUGAUGGCGAUGGACGAAGGCGACGAGAGCUGCGGCAGCAGACCGGCGGAUUCGAAGCAGAACCGACAGAACAGAGAGAGGCUCGAAGUGUUCAACGAGGUGCUCGGUCGGCUCCAGCAAUUGGAUCACGAAGAAGCCAGACUCCCCGGUUUCGAAGACCAGCUCUGGCUUCACUUCGAGCGUCUCCCUCCUAGAUAUGCAUUGGAUGUAAACGUGGAAAGGUCGGAAGAUGUGCUGACGCAUAAGAGACUACUUCAUCUUGCAGAGGACCCUGCAUGUAGACUUGCAUUUGAAGUUCGACUUGUGCAGGUUCAUCCUACCUCUUGCGGAACCUCAGUUGACUCUGAUCGUUUGGAUUCUCUAGUCAAUGAUGAUGCUCAAAGUAAUGUGAACCAUUCAAGUAGAUUGGGAAACCAUCCACCACCUACCUUUGGCUCAUCGCCUAAUCUUGAAGCCCUCGCACUUCACGUUAACGGGUCUCAAGUUGAAGAUGGUGAUAGUGUCGUUCAUUCUGCUUCACGGUUUUCCCGGCCAAUGCACGAGAUCACUUUUUCAACAGUAGACAAGCCAAAACUCCUUAGUCAGUUGACUUCCUUGGUUUCUGAGAUUGGACUGAACAUUGAGGAAGCCCAUGCUUUUUCAACUGUGGAUGGUUUCUCCUUGGAUGUCUUUGUUGUAGAUGGUUGGCCUCACGAGGAUACUGAGCAGCUUCGACAUGCAUUGGAAAGGGAAAUUCUGAAGUCCGAGGGGGAUUCUUCUUCAAAUCAACCUUCGUUGUUUCCUACUAGUGAGCAAAUCGAACCUCCAUCUAAAUCCUCUCCUGAAUAUGUAAAGAUACCUACUGAUGGAUCUGAUGUCUGGGAAAUCGACGCCAGCCUGCUGAAAUUCGCAAACAAAGUUGGAUCUGGGUCAUUUGGUGAUCUGUAUAAAGGCACAUAUUGUAGUCAGGAGGUGGCUAUCAAAGUCCUCAAGGCUGACCUUUUGAAUAAAGAUAUGCUGACAGAGUUUGCCCAGGAAGUGUUUAUUAUGAGGAAGAUUCGACACAAGAAUGUUGUACAAUUCAUUGGCGCCUGCACAAGACCUCCAAACCUGUGUAUUUUGACUGAGUUCAUGUCCAGAGGAAGUGUUUAUAACUUUCUGCAUAAGCAACGCGGUGCGUUUAAGUUUCCUGCCCUUCUCAAAGUAGCACUUGAUGUUUCCAAGGGAAUGAACUAUUUGCAUCAAAAUAGUAUCAUUCACAGGGACCUGAAGACUGCCAAUCUUCUGAUGGAUGAACAUGAGGUCGUUAAGGUUGCAGACUUUGGAGUUGCUAGAGUGCAAACUCAACCAGGAGUGAUGACUGCAGAAACUGGAACAUACCGUUGGAUGGCGCCUGAGGUCAUUGAACACAAACCAUAUGACCACAAGGCUGAUGUUUUCAGUUUCGGAGUAGUGCUGUGGGAGCUGUUAACAGGAGAAGUUCCGUACUUGUACUUAACACCUUUGCAAGCAGCUGUUGGUGUUGUUCAACAAGGUUUGCGGCCAACAAUUCCGAAGAACACCAAUCCAAAGCUUGUCGAACUGCUUGAGAGGUGCUGGCAGCAAAACCCCUCUCUGAGACCUGAUUUCUCGGAAAUUAUAGAGAUGCUGCAGCAUAUGGCCAAGGAGUACAUGGAGUGUAACUUUGGUUAUUAUGAAUUGUUGAAACAGGUGGGAUGUGAGGGAGGCAAUCGUCACAAGGAUAAAUCAAUUGGCGGAUGUUUCUCGGCACUCAAAAGGGGUCAUCACUAAAUUAAGAAGGUUAAUAUGUGAAUUAUGAAAGAUGUGCAUAGAGAACUUCGGAGAUUAAAAUGCAUUUUACAGCUUUUUCUCCUGCUGAUCAGUCAAGGUGUCUGCCUGGAAUAGUUCGUUCAUUUCUAGGCUUGUUUCUCACGCAGUUUUUGUUCAGUUUGGUGUUCUCUCCCAGUCAAUAGAUUGUAUCCUUGAAUCAUUUGUGACGAAGCAAUUGUAGAUGAACAACUUGAUUAAAAAGAGUCAAAUCUAUCUAUCUCUCU